AUGGAAGAGAAUCCAAGCGUGGAUCUGUCUGGAGCUGGGCCACCCCAGGAUGAGGUGGAAAGCACAGCAGAGCAUCCUGUGCACCAAGAGCCCACCCAAGAAACACUUGAGCACCAAGUGACAAGCAGGUGGCCUGAGACCUCCUGCAAACCAGAGGAAGACUCUUUGGUCUGUAAAUCACCAACUGCUGAUGGAGGAGAGAUGACACUGUUGGAUUCAGCUGGCCCCACAGUAGAGGAGAAUGUCCCCCAGGAAACUGAAGUAUCACUGGAAGAAUCUGGGAAGACAAGAGAUGGUGUCUCAGAAAGAUCCCAGGAAGACGAUGACUUGGAUGAAGCCAGGCUCACCCACAAUAAAAUGGACAGCAAAGGAGACAGCCCUGUCCACCAGGAAACACAGGAGGACAAGGAGACAAGCAAGCAGUGUGAAAACUCCUACACAGCAGAGGAAGAUGCUACGUCAAGCAGCAAGUCACUGAGUUCUGACAGUAAAAUGACACAUUCGGAUGCGACUGCCACAGAAGAUAUCACUGAGGGCCUCUUGUCAGAGAAGAGCACCAGUGCCCCUCUCCUAGAGCAGGAGCCAGAAGAGCACAUAGAGCAAGAAACACAGGAGAGCGGAUCCCAAGGCACAUUAAGGAACAGACAUGGGACCAAAGGGCACACAGCCCCAAAGCUAGAGGCUCAGUCCUGCUUGCAGAACGUCACCACCCAAAACACAGACCAGGAGAAGGCCAAAGAGUACCUCUGGCUGAAAGGUGAGGAAAAGAAGCUUCCCUUGUGCAUUACUCGUCGACCAGAAGGCAGCCAUCCUGCAGGAACAAGGCUUGUCAUCAUGAGCCUCAUAUUGCUCGGCUUCUGCAUAUUCUGCUUCGGCAGCUCGACCUCCAAGUCCCAGCAAGCCCUCAAGAACCCCACGGUGGAGGCCUUUCUGUCCCAGUUCAACCAGCUGCAGGACAGGUUUCCAGGGCAGAGUCCCCAUCUGUGGCUUCGCGGGUGCAAGCUCCUGCAGAAGCACCUCAGUGCGUCCCACCACACGCAGCCAGCCAUCAUCAUCUUCACGGCUGCCCGCAAGGGUGAGCGGACCUUGCAAUGCCUUAGCACCCAUGUGGCUGACACCUACUCGGCUGCCCUGCAUGCCAGCAUGGUCCAGAUCAAUGGCACAGAUAAAUCCAGGCUCCAGAGUGACCAGGCCAAGCUGGAGGUGGACUCAGAGCUGAGCUUAGCUUUCCAGGCUGGGGGCCGUGCUGCUGUGAUACACCGCUUCGAGUUGCUGCCAGCGGGGGCCACCCUCAUCUUCUACAAAUACUGCGACCACGAAAGUGCUGCUUUCAAGGAUGUGGCGCUGCUGCUGACUGUGCUGCUGGAGGAGGAGAUGCUGGACACCCACAUCAGCCUCCAGCAGGUGGAAGAGAGAGUCCGUGACUUCCUCUGGGCCAAGUUCACCAACACCAGCACCCCCAGCUCCUACGACCACAUGGACUCUGACAAGCUGAGUGGGCUGUGGAGCCGCAUCUCCCACCUGGUCCUGCCAAUCCACCCGGUGCAGACCAUUGAGAAGGGGGGCUGCCAUGUCCACACCAAACCCUAG